UCAGACGUGUUCUCUUCCUAGGUCACAGUGAAGGUCAGUGGGCUUCAGCUGGAGGUCAGCUGGGGGUCAGCUGGGGGUCAGCUGGGAGUCAGCGGGGUUGCUUCUUUACACAGUCAAACAUUUAGCACAGACCUGCUUAUCUACUAAACUCAGGAGGAUUGUGACUGAAGCAGAUGCUGGUACAAUACCCGACUGCUUCAGUACGAUACCCGACUGCUUCAGUACAUCAGUACAAUAACCAACUGCUUCAGAACAUCAGUACAAUAACCAACUGCUUCAGUACGAGACCCGACUGCUUCAGUACGAGACCCGACUGCUUCAGUACGAGACCCGACUGCUUCAGUACAUCAGUACAAUAACCGACUGCUUCAGUACAUCAGUACAAUAACCAACUGCUUCAGUACGAGACCCGACUGCUUCAGUACAUCAGUACAAUAACCGACUGCUUCAGUAUAUCAGUACAAUAACCAACUGCUUCAGUACGAGACCCGACUGCUUCAGUACGAGACCCGACUGCUUCAGUACGAUACCUGACUGCUAGGCCUGUGCGGUAUACGGGUUUGUACCAAAUACCGGUUUAUAUUUUCGUUAUGAUAUGAAUUUUUCAUAUACCGCAAUACCGGAGAACAGUCCAAACAACAUCCGGAACGUGCGUGGCGGUAAAGUGUUUCAGCAGGGACCCAUUUCACUGCUGCCGGCGAGAGCUCUCAAAAUGAAGCACACGCUGUUUACCCAGAGGAACUAAUACCAAAAAGAGGGGCCAUGUCUGUGGUUUGGAAGUUCUUCGGCUUUAAAAGGUCGGACGUGGAUCAAACAACUAUCUUUUGCAAAUGCUGUCGAGCAGAAGUGGAAGCCGGCGGUGCUAACACUAGCAAUUAGCUUCACCACCUUAGCCGAAAACACGUUUUAGAGUACCAGGAAUGUCAUAAACUAAGAUCCACACCCUCCACAUCCACAGCUCAACCUGCAAGUAGCAGUCAGACGUCCAUUCAAGACGUGUUCGCUAAAGGGACUGCAUAUGAGAAAAGAAAAAAAAAAAGAAGCAAGCAGCAGGUCGAGAUAACGAUCGCAAUCACGCAAUCUGGACAUGAAAAAAAAACACGAUACAGUUCUUAUGAUAGUAAAGCCAAUCAACUGCAGUAAUUAUUGUCUUAUUAUAAGAAAAUGUGUGUAACAACACUCUUGCAUGAAAAAAAAUACCGUCAAAUACCGUGAAACCAGUAAGAAUUUAAAAAAAUCGUGAUAUGAAAUUUUUGCCAUACUGCCCAGCCCUACUGACUGCUUCAGUACAAUAACCGACUGCUUCGGUACAAUACCUGACUGCUUCAGUACGAUACCCGACUGCUUCAGCAGGAUACCCGACUGCUUCAGCAGGAUGCCCGACUGCUUCAGUAGGAUACUCAACUGCUUCAGUACGAUACCCAACUGCUUCAGUACGAUACCCGACUGCUUCAGCAGGAUACCCAACUGCUUCAGCAGGAUGCCCGACUGCUUCAGCAGGAUGCCCGACUGCUUCAGUAGGAUGCCCGACUGCUUCAGUAGGAUACCCAACUGCUUCAGCAGGAUGCCCGACUGCUUCAGCAGGAUGCCCGACUGCUUCAGUAGGAUACCCAACUGCUUCAGCAGGAUGCCCGACUGCUUCAGUAGGAUACCCAACUGCUUCAGCAGGAUGCCCGACUGCUUCAGCAGGAUGCCCGACUGCUUCAGUAGGAUACCCAACUGCUUCAGCAGGAUACCCGACUGCUUCAGCAGGAUGCCCGACUGCUUCAGCAGGAUGCCCGACUGCUUCAGCAGGAUACCCGACUGCUUCAGCAGGAUACCCGACGGUAUACCACUCUGGAAGCUCCUGAAGCUACGGAGUGGCUUUUGUCACGCUCACAGUUCAGCAGGUGAUCCUCGGCUGUCAGGAAGUGACAGCUGACCUGAGCAGAAAGCCAGCUGCUUUACAGUGUAGUGAUGGGAAUUCCGGCUCUUUUUAGGGAACCGGCUCUUUCAGUUCGGCUCACUAAAAAGAGCCGGCUCUUUUGGCUCCCAAACGGCUCUUCAGAUUUUUUUUGUUGCUUUAAUCGAUAUAUUACCAAUAAUAAUGUAACGUCAUGCACAAAAUGAAUUAAUAAUUAAUAAAAAAAUUUAUUAUACUACUAUAUUAUGAUAGCCUUUAUUUUUUCACUCUGCAGUGAACUUUCAACUAAUUUAACCUUUUAACUUUUUUAUACUAAGCAACUUUAAAGUCAAGCAACACAGAAUUCCUGAAAAACACACAACACAACAAAAUGUAAAUUACAAAUAUUUACUUUUCAGUGCAACAACAAAUAAACUA